AAAACUGUCCCAUGGGUUUUAUCCUGCAUGGUAGCUACAUAAUCACUAAAAGUCUGCUCAAAAUCAAUACUACUGAUCUUCUAAUAAUAAUUGAAAAGAAGAUACUUGACCAAUCAAUGCAAGAUUCAAUAAAAUAAACAAAAAUGGCGAGUUGAUUUUCAUCAAAGUAGCUCUCCAAAAAAAUCUUAGAAGAAAGUUGGAUUCAAAUAAAACCCUAAACGUAGCAUAUUAUAUAAGGCUCUCUAAAAUCAUAUUCUCAAAGCCUAGGAAUAUUGGUCGUCAUCGACUUCGUCCUUGUUGAAAGCAAAGCUUAAGGAUUACCAUAAAUGGGGGGUUGUAUGAGUAGCUCUGUGCCGGCAUGGGCAAAGGGAAAAACUAGAAAAUCAUCGAAGCAGAAAUCAACUGGUAAAACGGUGGAUAUUCCCGAAAUUGAUGAACACAGCAGGAAUGAGGUGGGAAAAGGAGAUUUUGAAGAAAAUGGAGGCCUUAAGGAUCAGCAUGAUGCUAUGGAUGAAAAUGGCUCUCUGCCCCUGUCUCAGACAGGUUUGCUUGAGGAGAAGGAUGGUGAAUUUGCAGCACAUAACAUAACCCUAGAUGGUUGUACAAGGGUGCUGGAUACGAUAUCAGAAGGAUCUGGAAAGUCUGAUGCGACUAAUGGGCCUCAAAAAGCAUCGCCGAUAAAGGAGAUUGAGCCAGUUGAUGGUGGAGAUAAGAUUUUGCUCGAGGAAGAUCAAGUGGUUGUGAAGAACUAAGAAGUAACAUUUUUACUUAUUGUUGGUUGAACUGAAUGACUAUUUUAUAUUUUGGAUGUGAUUGGAUCUUGCUUGUGAAUGUAACUAUUAAUUGGAACAUUAUAGGAAGGAAGGAGUUUCGAGACAAUUA